AUGACAGUCAAAGCAACAACAGUGAUUACACUAGUUGUGGAUGAGUCACAAGAAGAUGGGAUGAUUCCUUCGAAAACAAGGAUGUUUCGAAGAAUCAAUAUGAAAUCCAAGCACAAAUGCAAAUCUUCAUCUAAGAAACUGCUUCACAAACCUCAACUUUCUCAUCAAGGUAUAAUGUUUCGUGAGGUUCCGGUUCCUGGUUCUCCUGCAUCCAAGAAAAGGGCAGCCGAAGAUAUGGUGAAACAUUUAUCCCAACCAACGAAGAAGAAGACGAAGAAGGCUAGGAAGAUUGUUUUAUCAAGUGAGUCUACUGAAGGAGAUGAGCGAGUACCAGAAACUCCAGAGACCACUAUUAUUACAAGCUCAAUUCCAGAGACCACAAUCAUAUUCACCCCUGAAGUUUCGAUUUCCAAGUCACUUGUUAAGGAGGUACGAACUUCAGGAUUGAGUGAAAAUGUUUCGAAGGAUGCAACUCAAGGUUCUUUUAUCUCUACUCCUUUUGAAACUUUCGUUUCUGUUCCACCAACAUCAACCAUUCAUUCUACUUCAACUACUAUAUCUCCAACCUUUGAACACAUCCUCAAUCAACCAAUCACUUCCAUGUUCUCUUCUUAA